AUGAAAUUCUCCGCUAUUUUCAUCUUCACGAUUGCUUACGCGACCCAAGUUCUCGCUCUUCCUACUGGAAUCGACGCGGAUGGCCAACUUGUCGAGCGUCAUUAUUCUGAGGCUCCAUCAAAGCACGAGACAAAGCACCCCAAGCCUUACAAGACCCAUCAUGUGUACCACCAUCCCGUGAAGAGCACUCACGCACCUCAUGUCCCCCCCGCGCACACUUAUGUGCCCCCUGCGCACACUUACGUUUCUCCUGCUCACACUUACGUCCCUCCUGCUCAUACGUAUGAUUCACCAUCAAAUACCUACGUUCCACCCCCCAACACCCAUGUCCCGCCUGCUAACACCUACACCCCUCCCGCCCAUACGUAUAUCCCGCCGAGUCCCCCUGCAAACACACACAUCCCGCCAUCUCACACAUACCUCCCCCCCGCUGACACAUAUGUCCCUCCUGCUCACACAUACAUCCCGCCGGCCCCCACAUAUACUCCACCUAGUCCAAGCACCUACGUUCCUCCCAAAAGCACUCACGCCACGUACACUCCUCCUGGCCCUACCCACGUGCCUCCUCCUCCUCCCAAAGACGACUGCUCUGCUGUAUACAAGGCGACGUUCCUUCAGCGCGCCUACAGCGGCGGCGCAACCGACCACUUCUACACCACCAACGCCAACGAGAUGACCAACGCCGUUUCCCACCUAGGCUAUACGAAGGAAGCGCAUGCGGCGAAGGUGUACAAUGCGGAGGAGGCGGGUACAAUUCCCCUCUACCGCCUGUUCAGCCCCUCUGCGGGGGAUCAUUUCUACACGAUUUCGGCUGGGGAGAGGGACAACGCAGCGAAGGCGCUUGGGUACAAGAGCGAAGGUGUCGCGGCGUACAUCUACCCGAACCAGAUCUGCGGGAGUGUUCCCUUGUACAGACUCUACAGCCCAUCGGCCGCGGACCACUUCUACACAAUUUCGAAGAGCGAGGCUAAUAACGCUGCUUCCAAGCUCGGAUACGCGAAUGAAGGAGUCGCUGGAUACGUUCUUCCCCCUCACUAA